AUGGCGCAAAAGGCCGUUUGGCAGCCCCGGCUGGCCAAGAGAGUUCUCCAAAUUCCGGGCAGCGGAAUUCGAGAGGUCAUGAGCAAGUGCAUGGCGCUGCGCGAUGCGGGGAAAGAUGUCAUUAACUGGCACAUAGGCCGGCCCGAUUUCGAUACUCCUGUGCACAUCAAGGAGGCGUGCUCCGAAGCUCUUCGCCAGGGCCACGUGCACUAUGCCCCAGCAGCUGGCAUUCCCCAACUUCGGUCUGCGCUGGCGGGGCGUGCCUCGCAGGAGUACGCCUGCGAAGUGGAUCCCGACCGCAUCGUUGUUUGCAAUGGGGGCAUGGAAGCAGUUACUGUGAUCCUACACACCUUCCUGAACGAUGGUGAUGAGGUUAUAGUGCCCACGCCCAACUGGCCCAACAUGAAGUGGGCCGUGGUGAUGGCAGGUGGGAAACCUGUGGAGGUGCCCCUGAAGAAUGGCAUCCUUACGGCCGAGGCCAUUGCUGCAGCGGUGACGCACAGGACAAAGUUUGCCGUGCUGUCUUCGCCUGGAAAUCCACUUGGCACCGUUACUGGAUCAGAUGAGCUGAAGCGCAUCAGCCGUGUUCUGGAAGACAAAGAUCUGAUGGCGAUUAGUGAUGAGACUUACACCAGGUUGUACUACGGGGAUGCUGGAUCAACCGCUCCAUCCAUUCUGGCCAUCCAAGGCAUGGCAAAGCGCUGUUUCGCUGCGAGCACCUUCUCCAAGACUUACGCCAUGGAUGGGUGGCGACUUGGUUGGGCGCUGUGCCCAGAUGCCGAAGCAGCUGUCGCCGUUGCCAAGACAAGGUACUAUUACUCGGCGUGUUCUCCGACGUUCACGCAGCAUGCGGGAGUUGCUGCUUUGUCUUCCUCUCAAGACUGCGUAGCUGCCAUGCUGGCAGAAUACAGUGAACGCCGUUCCGUCCUGGUAGACGGACUGGAGAGCAUCCCUGGUCUCAAGCUGCCGGGUGGCAGCCCAGAAGGCGCCUACUACGUAUUCCCAGACGUGUCGGCAUUCGGGGAUUCAGCGGAGCUUGCUAGACACCUUCUGGACGAGCAUCACAUCGCCGCGGUGGAUGGAGGUGUCUUUGGCCAAGAAGGGCAGGGCCAUCUCCGCAUCGCCUACUCAUGCUCAACAGAGGAUUGCCGGCGCGGUGUUGAACGCCUGGCGAGGGCCCUGCGCGGGCGAUGA